AUAAUACACGCAGCAAUAUGAUAUCAACAAAGAGAAAAAGUUUGCUAUCUUAUAGUGUAGUUAAAAACGACAAAAAGCCAUUUAAUACAAAGAAGAAUAUGAACUCUUUUGCGCGGACAAAAUGUGAUGAAUCUUUGUGCAAUUCAACACAAGCAGAGAACACCUCAAUGUUCUUCACAUCUAAAUAAGCUCAGUACAAAUCAUCCAAGGUUGUCGCCAAGGACCCUGCUAUCGAUUAGCUCCAAGAGGCAGCCUAAGAACAGGCUUGAUUACAUAAGAGGAAGCGUGCAGACGAAUAGCUCCAAGGAGCAUCUUUCAACAAGUAGGAAUUGCUUCAUGGCAAAAUCAAGCAUCAAAAGUUACUCCAUGCAUGGGGAAUAUUUGGUAAAAUCUAUGAAGAAAAAUCAAAACUCGAUGCAGUCAUCUUGCUCAAAAGCUGCUUACAAAAUCCCUAGUUCCAUAAUAAAGUCUAGAAAUAAGAAACUGUACGAUAAGUCCCACACAUUUCAAAAGGAGCCCUUCAACCUGGAGGAAGCUACUAGUGAGAUGCUAGACGUUCAGAAAGAAUCUAAGAUCCAGAUUCCUGUUAGGUUUAGGUCUCGAGAGUCCCUCAUGAAGUUUGGAGAUAGAAAACCUUGCAAUAUGACUCAGAACUCCAUAAACAAUCCUACAACUAGGCUACAGAAGGAGUUAAAGCCGAUUCAGGAUUUGAGAAAAUCCCGGCAAACUCCUGUGAAGUCCUGUGACAAAAACUCAAAUGAGCCGUCAAAGCUAGAUGCUACUAGCGUCUUGAAACUCCUCAAGAAGUCUCUUAACAGAAAACUUGAGGAGCCAUUUCCUGAUGAAGCUCUUGACGAGGGCUCGCAAGAAUUCUUGAAGAAUGAUAUCGGGAUUCAAUAUUCUCCCCAAGGAGUAAUUAAGGCUCCAGAUAGCAGUCCUCUUGAGAUCCAGAUGAACUCUCUAGAUUUCAGUGCGAUCACUGAAAGCCAGCAUGAUUUUCAGAAUAAAGGUACAGAGUCUAUCGAUAUUGGUAUUUCAACGUCAGAAAUUUUGAAGCUAAAAGAUGCUGCAGUUAAUACAAAUCCUCCAAAGACUAAGGAUACCCAGACAUGCCAGCACUGUAUGGCUCCCUUUGACAGUGAUAAGCUAACUGCACUUGAGAAGAAGGUGCAGGAACUAGAGGUCAACCUUAGUCAGGCCAAUGACAGGAUUUCGAAUCUGACGAUUGAACUUCAUGAAGAAAAACUAAAGAAUAUUAAAAUCAGCUGCUCUACAGCCAGUGAUGAGAGUAAAAAGAUAGAUUCUGGCAGUUUUGAAAAAUUACUAAUAAAACCUAUUCGAAUUCCAGAAACCCCGUUGAAAAAGCACCGCUCUAGUGAUUUAAGCAUCAGAAACCGCCUGCAUAAAAUAGCUAUGGAGACCAUCGAAGAUGCUGAGUUCGAAAAAUUGGAGGCACUAGCUGUCAGAGAAGCUAAAAUGGAUAUUAAAAGUCCAACAUUUUCUCUAAAGGAUAAGAAAAAGGCUCUGCACAAGACUUUUAUGGAACUUAAAUGACAGAGACCUCUUCUAUCUCCUACUCUUCGGGAGAAGGCUCUGCCUAAAAGGUCUCUACAUAAUUGCUAGAUAAUAUUUUCACUAAUUGAUCGAAAUUCAAUAAGGAA